UAUAAAUUGUGAUAGUGGAUAAGGAAGAAAAAGGGGCUAAGAGAGAUGAAGGGUAGUUAUGCUACUGAUUCGAGUAGCAGAGAAGAAAAAAGAAGAAGGGCGAGGUCUUCGUCACCACUGAAGGACCGAUCCAGAACCUCUUCGUCUAAGUUAUCUUCUUCUUCAUCCAAACGAAGUACAUCACCCUCUGCCACUCUCCUCGACGUCGAUGAUGACGUCAUCUCUCUCUCACACGAUUAUCCUAACCCUAACCCUCGGAGCUUCCCUCACAGCGUUAAGCAGAAAUGCUGGGAAAAGGCAGACAAGGUCAAAGGACGAGACCCCGACCGCUGGCGCAGGGACGCCCUCGGCAAUACUGUCUUUCGCAAGCUCGUAGGUUGCCCUGGUUGUCUCUGUCAUGACUACGACCACAUUGUCCCUUACUCUAAGGGAGGAGAGAGCACUCUGGAAAACUGUCAAGUAUUACAGGCAACAGUUAAUCGUUCAAAGGGUAACCGAACAGAUAUCUCCAAAGCUGAACUUAUUCAAAAGAGUUCUUAUUGCAGGGUUUCAGAUCGUGAUAUGGAUCUUCUUGAACUGUCUGCCUAUGGCAAUGUCCGGCGUGGACCCGAUUCUGGGGGAUGUAGAAUCCAAUGAACAUUUUUCUCCAUAUUAAUUUAUUAUGUGAUUGAUUUCUAUUCAUCCUGACAAGAUCUUGGGGCUUCAUUUGUGUACAGACAAGUUAAAACUGCAAAGAAAGUGAUGGCAUUUUUCAUUAUUCUCUCUUCUUCCACAACACUUAAUGGUUUUCUCUUGAGAAGCAUGAUUUAUGAGGCAAGUGGCACUCGCAUAGCUACUACCCUUUAUUAUAUUAAUGUUGUUCGAAAGUAUAUUUUGAUUGCAAUGAAUCUCGUAUAGUAGGAAAUUGUCAUUAACAUACUUUUUAUUAUAUUCUUUUGAAUACACUUUCUUCUGCCGACUGAAAUUAAUUGAUAUUUUGUUGUAA